AUGCAGCCGGUGAAAGAUUGGAAGAGAAAGGGUGUCCGGGUCACGGGUUCGACUUGUGAUUUUUCCUUAAGAUCGGAGCGAGAGAAGCCGAUGCUUACUGUGUCCUCCCUCUUCAACGGGAGGCUCAACUUCCUAGUAAAUCAACAAACCAACAGAGUAAAGCUGACCAUGGAAUAUUCAGCGGAAAAUUUUUCAUUUAUCGGCAUCGUUUCAAUGAAUGUUGGACCAAUUUACUCGACAACCAAAGGAGCAAUGAACCAAUUAACCAAGAAUUUGGCAUGUGAAUGGGCUAAGGACAAUAUAAGAGGCAACUCUAUUGCACCUUGGCACAUAAUGACCCCACAAGCCGAGCCUUCAGUUAGCAACGAAAAGUCCCAUGACGAGGUGAUAGCAAGGACGCCGCUCGGCCACAUUGGAGAGCCAAGGAGGUGUCAUCAUUGGUGGUCUUCUUGUGCAUGCCGACAGCCUCUUACGUAACGGGACAGACCAUUUGUGUCGA